ACGAAUUCUCUUCCAGGCACACCACAUGGCAACAUAUAUGUAUUUUUGGCAAAGCCCGGUCUUCUAAAGCCCACCUAUAUAAGUAGCUUCCUACUCGAGCUAUAGCAUCAGCCAUUCGACCUCCACCGAUCGAUCACCUCAGUCUUCUAUAUCUAAUUCCAAUCUUAGUCAAGCUAGCUUCAACAAUGGCGGCUGGUGCUGCAAAGCUGAACGUUUUGCUGGCUUGUGCCUUAUUGCUCCUCGCUGUAGGGUGCAAGGCCAGCCCUUACUGGCCACUGGAGAUUGGGUUUUACCACGACAAGUGCCCCCAAGCAGAGUCCGUCGUCAAGGGCGUCAUGGAGUAUGCCAUCUCCAAGAACCCCGGCAAUGGCGCCGCCAUGAUCCGCAUGCUCUUCCACGACUGCUUUGUCGAGGGUUGCGAUGCGUCCAUCUUCCUCGACCCGACACCGUUCAGCCCUACGCCAGAGAAGAUCAGCCCCCCGAACGACCCAUCCGUGCGCGGCUUUGAGCUCAUUGACGCGAUCAAGGAGGCCGUGGAGGCGGUCUGCCCGGGUGUCGUCUCUUGCGCCGACAUCCUCGCCUUCGCUGCCCGCGACGCGUCCUGCAUCCUCAGCAAAGGCACGGUCGCCUUCGACAUGCCGUCCGGCCGCCGGGACGGCACCUUCUCCAACGCCUCGGAGCCUCUCAAGUUCUUGGUCCCACCCACGUCCAACCUCAGCGAUCUCCUUGACAGCUUCGUCGUCAAGGGACUCAACGCCGAGGAUCUCGUCAUCCUCUCCGGCGCGCACACCAUCGGGCGCUCCCACUGCUCCUCCUUCGUGUCCGACCGCCUCAAUACCCCCUCCGACAUCAACGGCGCCCUCGCCUGGUUCCUGCGGAGCCAGUGCCCCGCCGACGCUACCCCCGGCGGCAACGACCCGGUGGUGAUGCAGGACAUGGUGACGCCCAAUGUGCUCGACAGGCAGUACUACAAGAACGUGUUGGCACACACGGUGCUCUUCACUUCCGAUGCCGCGCUACUCACAUCGGAGGAGACGGCGAGGAUGGUGGAGGACAACGCCAACAUUCCUGGGUGGUGGGAGGGCAGGUUCGCCAAGUCCAUGGUGAAGAUGGCCGGCGUCGAGGUCAAGACCGGCGACCAGGGCCAGAUCAGGAAGAACUGCCGGGCAAUCAACUACCACUAGUAGUAUGGCUCCCGUACACGCGCAUGCAUGCAUGGUGAAGGGAUCACUCGGCGUCUUUGUUUCAGCGAUCCUGCAAGGGGGUUCAUAUGUUCUAAUUUUGGCGAUUCUUUCACCGCGCUCUAUUUCUUAGCAUUCGUUCAUCAUUGUUGUCUUUCCUUUGGUUUGUUCCUUUAGUUCACGUUCUCGCCACCGAAUGUUCCCGUGUGGGGUUGUACAGGUGUAACUGUGAAUCAGUGUUAUUUGUAUAUGGAAUAAUAAAUUGCUUCAUGUCCCGCA